AGUGGAGAGGGAGAGCACAGUUCCAGCAUAACUAUGAAGCUAUCGUGUGCCAUUCUAUUGGUGGCUUCUGCCUUGGCAUUUGCCAGCGGAAGUCCCGCGUCAAACCGUACUGAGCCAUCGGGCAGAAUCGUCAAUGGCUAUUCAGCCCCCGAGGGCAAGGCUCCCUACAUUGUAGGCCUGUUCCUGAAGACGGACGGCAGCAACAGCGGAGCCGUUGGCGCUGGCACCAUCAUAGCCAGCAAUUGGAUUCUGACUGCGGCCCACUGCCUCACCACCGACUCCGUUGACAUCAACUACGGCUCAAACUGGGGCUGGAACGGUCUGUACAAGCACAACGUGCGAAGGGAUAACUUUAUCCUUCACCCAGGCUUCGGCAACUCGGCUGGCCACGACAUCGGCCUCAUCCGCACUCCGGCUGUGGACUUCACCAAUCUGGUCAACAAGAUCCCUCUUCCGUCGUUCAACCAGCAGGGAGAACGCUUCGAGGGCUGGUGGUGCGUCGCUUGCGGCUGGGGAGGCAUGGACAAUGGCAAUCUCGCGGACUGGCUCCAGUGCAUCGACGUGCAGAUCAUCGGCAACAAUGAGUGCGCCCAGUCGUACGGCUCUGUGGCCAGCACCGACAUGUGCACCAGGCAGUCGGACGGACGAUCAGUCUGCGGUGGCGACUCCGGUGGCCCUCUGGUCACACAAGACGACCCUAAGCUCGUGGGUGUGAUAACCUUUGCCUCCGUCUCCUGCAAGAAUGGACCUUCCGGCUACACCCGUGUCAGCGAUCACUUGGAAUGGAUCCGCGACAACUCAGGAGUGGCCUAUUACUAAUGAGAGUUGUACUCUCCCAAAGGUCUGUCCAAUCGUUGCCUUUGAUCCGUGUUGAACGGAACAUAAUAAAAGUUAUUGUUCAAUGCUCUGCAAA